ACCAGCUCUGUCUCAGUACAACCUGUCUGGCCAGCCCACCAGCUCUGUCUCAGUACAACCUGUCUCACCAACCCCACCAGCUCUUUCUCAGUACAACCUGUCUCGCCAACCCCACGAGCUCUGUCUCAGUACAACCUGUCUCGCCAACCCCACUAGACAGCGAUAGUGAGGCCGGCCAACCUUAGUUCAACCUUAACAAAUCCACUACAAACCUGCAAAUCUUUCGUGUUAAACCUCUACAGCCGUAUCUGGUAUUAAACCUCUACAGCUUUAUCUGGUGUUAAACCUCUACAACCUCAUCUGGUGUUAAACCUCUACAACCUUAUCUGGUGUUAAACCUCUACAACCUUAUCCGUAAACACAUGCAGCAUUGAACCCAAACCCUUCCAUAAUCCCAAACCCAGCCAACCCAUCCCUUUCCCCCAAAUAUCAUAUCCCUAACGUUAAUCAUAACCAGCCCACCCUUAUCCCCUGAUCCCCACGAAAUCAUCCCUACCCCCAAAACCCAUCCGUUAAUCUUUAUCCCCCCCCCCCAAAACCUACCCCCCAAAUCCAGACCCCAACCUUCAGGGCAAUGAGGACCACCAAGAAAAUCCGGCUCCUGGUGCUGACGGCCUUCUGUGGCAUGCUGACCCUCACCGGCUACAUCCUGCUGGACUUCUUGCCCGAGUUCGAGGGCGCCGACUACAUCUCGCCGAGGCGAGGCCGAGGGUUCGCGAGGUACGGUGCCGGCACGACCCUGAUCAGCUUCAUGGGGCAGCGGGAGCGCACGAAGAAAGCGAUCAGCGACCCGGUCUACCAGAACUUCAGGGAUCGCUACAAGGACCUGUACGCCGCGCCACCGCCCAACAUCGGGCCUGACUUCGUGCAGGACAAGAGCCAGUAUUUCAUUUACCGGUGUGACACGGGGAAAAUGUCCGGCUGCACGGACUGGUCGGAUAUUUUCAAGGGCAUGGAGACGGCGUAUCUGAUCGCGAACCUCACGGGGCGGGUGUACAAGGCGGAGACGCACGGGAUCCCAUGCAGGCUGCAAGAUUUCGUGACGCCGAACCUCGUCAACUGGACGCUGCAGACGAGCUUCCACGACGUGCUGAACAAAGGGAUGGCGGGCGUGGGGCUGCGGAUCAUGGACAACAAGUUCUCGUUCCACAGCAGCCUCCACAAGACGAACUUCUCGGAGUUCGCCCAGCGAAACUUCGACCACAUCUACUUCAAAUCCAACCUGGACUUUGUGCUGGGGUUCCAGAACAGCACUCUCUACCGCCCCCAGCUGUCGUGGAUGGCCGGUCUCGGGAGGGAUGAGAUCCACGCGAUCCUCUUCAAGCGUCUGCUCAUCCUCGCACCGCGGCUCCAGAAACGCCUGGACCUGUAUUUGUAUUCGAUUAUGCCCUCCCCGGAGCACCGGCUCAUCUGUAUCGAUCUCACCCUCAAGAGAAACCAGACGGGGCAGGUCGAUGUGGAUUCUACCGAGUCUCUGACGCAGCAGCUGCCCACCAUCUGGAGCUUCGUCCGGGCCCAGUCACCCACGAACAUCCACAAGGUGUACAUCCACACGGACUCGCCGGAGAUUGUCGCGCGAGCCCGGGCCGAGAGCUUCAAGGACCGGCUCGUGAACAGCCCGAGCGUCAAAUCGAAGAGGCGCGAGGCGGCGGGCGAGACCUGCGACAAGCUCGAGUCUGACAUCUUCAACCAGCACGUGAUGGUCAACUGCGACACGCUGGUGGUCAGUGAACGCGGCUUCAGUCGCCUCGCGGCGUACCUCAGAGGCACGGACGAGGGCUUGUACUGCCGUAUGGGUAACGGGCACAUACAUCCGUGUAGGGCGGACGCGUUGAAUGAAUUGUAUAAGAUCCACAUAUAGCCUUGUGGUGGCAUGAAUUGUAUAAGAUCCACCUGAUAUAGCCUUGUGGUGGCAUGAAUUGUAUAAGAUCCACCUGAUAUAGCCUUGUGGUGGCAUGAAUUGUAUAGAAUUGAAUAAGAUCCACCUGAUAUAGCCUUGUGGUGGCAUGAAUUCGGUCUGAAUCCUGAACCGAUGUGCCUAGGGUCGCACACCAAAUGACAGAUGUUGAUGGACGACAUUACCCACAUUGUAACGAUCACAUUUUGACAUUUAGGGCCUUGUGUGCAUCCAAAAUAAGGGCCCAUAUCAAAACAGACCUGCCUCAAGGAUGUUAGCAGAAUCUGUGUACUUGGUAUUCUAUGGUAAUGAUGGUUUCCGGCCACAGACAGCGGGGGCGAUAGUACCAACAGGAAUGGACACGUUCGGGGACUCUUCUAAGGAGGUGGCCCUAUAAGGAGGUGGCCCUAUAAGGAGGUGGCCCUAUAAGGAGGUGGCCCUAUAAGGAGGUGGCCCUACUUGCAGUAGUGAAAGUCCGGCUAGGCUUAUUGAUCAGUUAUGAACAACUUUAAAGUGACAAUUGAAGACCUUGGUGGAUUGAGCCGAGGACUGGCCUUGACCCUGUUAUUGAUUGACAUCCACCCCUAUUAAGUAUUGACAGGCCUCGUUCCAGUGUGUAUAACCAAAUGACUGCCAAUUGUUGUAAACUGUGAAUGUGUACACAUACAUUUCUAGAUGCUGCAAUAUAAGUAAGGAUAUUUCAUACAUGCUACGAAGUGCACGUUAACAAUCAUUAGAACACGAGUACGGUACAUGACAGCUAAUUAUCUGUGUGUACAAUGUACUGUCUUACUGAUGUAUUAUGUGUACAUGUUAUUGUGUAAUUGGUGUUCUAUGGUAAUGAUGUAUUAUGUGUACAUGUUAUUGUGUUAGUGGUGUUCUAUGGUAAUGAUGUAUUAUGUGUACAUGUUAUUGUGUAAUUGGUAUUCUAUGGUAAUGAUGUAUUAUGUGUUCAUGUCAUUGUGUAAUUGGUAUUCUAUGGUAAUGAUGCAUUAUGUGUACAUGCCAUUGUGUAAUUGGUAAUCUUUGGUAAUGAUGUAUUAUGUGUACAUGUUAUUGUGUUAGUGGUGUUCUAUGGUAAUGAUGCAUUAUGUGUACAUGUUAUUGUGUAAUUGGUAUUUUAUGUAAUGAUGUAUUAUGUGUACAUUUCAUUGUGUAAUUGGUAUUCUAUGGUAAUGAUGUAUUAUGUGUACAUGUCAUUGUGUAAUUGGUGUUCUAUGGUAAUUAUGUAUUAUGUGUACAUGAUGUGUGCUAAAAGGCGGGUUUUGUGAACAUGAUUUAUUAUUUUGUGUACUAAGUGUAGAUGCCGGUGAAAAUAACUUCGUCAUGUAAACAUCGCGAACAUGUACACGAGGUGUACACAGUGACACUAAAUGCUAUAACUUUGUUUUAUUUUUAUUUAAAGAGAAUGGGUUUAUUUUGUGUACAUUUUUUGUUUUUUUAAUGAAGAAUUAUUUCAUCAUGUCUAUCGCGUGUAUUUCCAUGUCCAUGUUUUUCAUAUUCGAGUCAGCUGUGUACAUACAAGUACAGAGUCAGCUGUGUACAUACAAGUACAGAGUCAGCUGUGUACAUGCAAGUACAGAGUCAGUGGUG